CAUGACGACUGAAUAUCAAUAAGAUGCAAAUGUGGGAAGUAGCAUUUAUCCUAAUAUUUACUAGAGAACUAAUUUCAUGAAGAAAAUAUUCACUAAACCAAUGUAGAAUAAUAAAUGCUUGAAUCAUCUAAAAUUGAAGAAACAACAUCUUAGCUUUUACAAUUUUAUUAAUUUAACAGAAAUACAGAUACAUAAAGAGGUAUCAUUUUAUUGAGUCUUAUAGUAUCUUAAAUUACGAAUUCUAAUAGCAGUAAUAUAAAUUUAAACAAUAUACACUAAGCAUCUUUACUAAACAGUGAAAUAUUGAAUUAUAGCUUAUCAACUAAUGAAUAUUAAAUUGAACUAAAAUCCUAGAUUAAUUAAGUAAAUAUUAUAAAUGAAGAGGAAUAAAAUAUUUCCUCUAGUUCUGAAUAAGAUGUAUAAUUAUUUUCUAUUGAAGCUUUUGGUAAUGCCUGAUCUUCAUUCUUUAAGAAAGCCAUUUACUUAUGAUGAAUUGAAUAGAAAAUGUCAAAAUCUUGAGGAUGAAGGAAAAUUAAUUAAAUAAAAUUGUUAGAAAAUAGCAUGUAUUAUUAUUAUUCUAAUAUUUAGAGUAAAAUCUUAGUUUUUAAAAUAAAAUUUAAGUUCUUGAAUAAUAAGAAAAGAAUUUAAAUGAGGCUUUAUAAUAAAAAAUUUUCUAAGUUUAAGAUUUAGAGGAUAAAUAUUAGAAUUCGUAGCUUGAAAUUAAACAAUUAAUUUAAAAAAAUUCUGAUUUGGAACUGAAUAUUUCAAAAUAACUUGAAAGAAUUAAUUAGAUUUCAAUUUUAUUAAACCAUUAUAAUUAACAAAAUGAAUCAUUGAAAUUGCAACUACAAGAAAAAGAAACCUUUUAUCAAAAGAGCAUUAAAUUAACUAGAGAUUAAUAUGAAAGGAGUUUAUGUAAUAAUCAUCAAUUAUUAUUUAGAAAAAAAAAUUAAAUAAAUGGAUGAAUAAAAUGAUUUAAAAUUAAAUGAAAAAUUAAGUAUAUAUUCUAUUCCAAUAUUUUAGAAAUAAAAGAAUAAAUAAUAAGUUAUCUAGAAGAUGAAUUAGCUGAUGUUAAAAUAUCUAAUUCUAGACCAAAGCAAGAAUUAAAAUUGAAUUUAAACAAGAACGAGUAAAAGAUUCCAAAUAAUAAUAUGAAUAAUGA